UUUCAAUGUUGCCGCGCGGGAUUUAGCUCUGUUCCUGUUACAUUAUAUUUGCAUCAGUCUGUUGAAAUAUUUUUCCAUUUCCAUUCCAUUUUCUCCAUUUAUUACUUGUAAAGGCAUCACAAUUCAUUUAUUGUAUGUACGUGCAAACGAUAGUCUAGCUGCUUACAAGUUUCGUAUUGUUUGGCUAAUAUUUGCUAGGAGCUAGCUCUGCUGUGUUGAGGGAAGUAACUUACGUUACAGCUAAGCAAUUGGCUAACGUGACAAAUAUAAAGUAGAUAGCUAGCUAGCUAGCGAAAUGUCUUUAAAACCAUUUAACAAAUUGCCCGAAUUAAAUACCGCCAACGUACUGCUUGUGGAGAAUGAAGCGCUGUUUCAAGAGAAGUUGGCAGACGCCAUCGUCCUUCUAGAAAACAAUGUAAACGUAAAAGUGCGUUUGGCCAGGAGUCUUCCACUGCCAUUGGAAAAUGCCGAGAAUCGGCCACGAAUCGAUUUGGUGGCUUUUAUCGUGCACCUCAACUCUGAACAAAGUCUUUUGUCAGCAGAGGCAUCACUUAAGCAUUUGGAUUCAGGUUACUUCCUGGGCAAAGUCUGUUUCCUGGUUACCGGUGCUCGAUGUGGAACACUUCCUUACGAGCGCCUGACCUCACUCAAGAAGAUGGCUGCAACCCUAAACUCGCCCUUGCUGAUGACAGAAGAUAAGACGGCAGAGGGCGUGAACGCGGCUGCCCAGCGGGUCCUGGCCGUGCUGAGGGUGGCAGCGGGCCUGGUUCCCACGGCGACUGGCCUCUCCCUCUCCUCUCUCACCCGCUGCACCGUGGCCAAGGACCCAGACUGGCAAAACGAGGACCGAUCUCACCUUAACCAGCCUUGAAACGGUGACCCAUUUUCAACUUGACGUUAUUUCUAACACGACCUACUGGAAGCUAAUUUCACCUGGAUUGCUUUAAAGAAAAACUGCCAACGGCCACUUAGUUUCCAGAUUUCCUUGUGAGACCAGUCCCACAUCUUGCGGAUAACCUGCCAUUACUAUGAGAGGAUGAGUGUUUGAUGCAGAAUGGUUUGCGCACAUUGGCACCAUUUCAGUUAACCUUACUGUACACUCAAACCAGCCGUCGACCAAGUCAGGCUCCUGCACUAGACUCCAUUGCAUCAAUAUAUUGUUGUUACGCUGUUGGUGUUCAGUUAUGUACCCCCCCUUGUCAAUCCUGAUUCUGCUAAUCCUGUUUGCAUAUAGUUCCAAAAUUAAAUACAAUUUGUAUAUUCUCAAACUUAAUAAAUUGCUGAUUCAGUUUGAUUACCACAGUGAAAGUGAAUCCGGGAUGACAAGGGGCGUGUUCCACUGAGACUCCGAUAACAGUACAAAAUAAAAUGCAGAAUAGCUCUUUUUU